UAAUUGUUAACAAUUAAUUUCCUCUUAUUUUUUGUUCUCAUUUUAUUAAUUGUUUUAUUCAAUUUUAAUCGAUCACCACUCGCACCGAUUUAUUUCUUUAAUCUACAUUUUAAAUGACAUGAACAUUUCUAUUUUCAUCUCCAUUAAGAGUUUAUUGAUUAGUUGAUUCUUUGGAUGAGAUUUCAUCCUUUAGUUAAAUUGUUUACGUCAAGAUUGUUGAUUAAUCCAGUGUUUAAUUCGUUAACUCGUGUUACCAUGAGCUCUGGUUCUUCACCGACCAAAGGUGUUUACAAGCCAUAUGAAUCUACCUCAACUGUUGGAUAUUCAUCAGUACCAAGUGACCAUGAAUAUGCUGCCAAAAGGAUGAAAUUGGACGAUGACCAUCAAGAGAUUGAUGAUUAUGACCCUGAAUUUGGUGAAGAUGAAGAAGAAAUUGGAAUUGAUGAGAGUAGUGUUGAACGCGAUGAUUUAAAAUCGGAAAUGCGAUCAGAUCAUUUGUAUAAAACAUACAAGGUAUCGGAAAAAGAAGCCUUUAUCAGUGAAUAUCUUGGUGACCAUCGAGGUUUUACUGGAGAGAUAAAACAACGUUACUCUGAUUUUAUUGUCCAUGAGAUUGACCAAUCAGGUCAAAUUGUGAAAUUAACCGACACCAAGCAACCAAUAGAUGACAACAAACCUGUUGAAACCGCAACUGGCCCCACGAUGUCCAUAAUAACCCCUGAGCUUCAACAUAAACUAUCAGAAUUAUCUAUCGAUAAAAAUGCCGAUAAGGUUGAGAUUUCGGUUGAUGGAUUACAGAAAGAUGAAAGAACUCAAAUCCACAAAUACAUCAAAGAAAAAUACACUGGUUUAGAAUCUAAUUACGCCGAUAAAGAUGGUGUUAAGGUAAUUUUGGUCAUGAGGAAAGGACAGAAUGCUAGACAACGUUCCGUUGAUUGGCCUGUUGGCAAACCUAAUUUUGUCCAUUUUGUGCUUUAUCAAGAAAACCAUGGGACUUUAGAAGCAAUUGAAAAGAUUUCUCGAUUCACAGGAAGACCACCUAAAGCUUUCACUUACGCCGGUACAAAAGACAAGCGAAGUAUAUCAACGCAAAAGAUUUCAUCGUAUCGACAGAAUUUGGAUAAACUAUUUGAUCUAAAUAAUAUCUUGGGUAAAAACAUAUCAGCCAUCAUGAUUGGAAAUAUUACUUUUGAACGAGAACCAAUUCGAUUGGGUCAAGCGACUGGUAAUAGAUUCGAUCUUGUCAUGAGAGAUCUAAUUUAUAACCAAGAAGAUGAUAUUCACCAUGCAUUUCAAAAUGUUCGAGAAAAAGGAUUCAUAAACUACUUUGGAACCCAAAGAUUCGGUAUGAACAGUUCACCUUCACAUUCCAUUGGAUUAGCUGUUCUCAAGGAAGAUUGGUUAACUGUUUUAGAUUUAAUUCUAUGUGAGAAAAAAGUGGACAUUGAAUCGAGUAGAAGUGGACAAUUGGCAAGUUUCAAUCAGUCGAUGAAAAUUUGGAAAGAAACGAGAAAUCCCGAACUAGUCCUAAAGGAAUUGAAUUAUCGUAACAGUCGAGAGGCACGAAUCAUGAAAGGGAUCAUUAAAAGUGGAUCAAAUAAUAACUAUUUCGCCGGAUUUUGUCAAAUUACUCGCAAUCAAAGGAUGUUGUACCUUCAUGCUUAUCAAAGUUUACUUUUCAAUCAAAUGGCCUCAUUUAGGAUUCAACGUUAUGGUUUAAAGGUUGUGGCCGGAGACUUGCUAAUCAGUGAGAAAGAUAAACUCGACCAAACGGAUAAACAAAUUAAACCUCGAGUUGCCACGGAAAAUGAUGUCACCACCGCAUCAAUCGAAGACGUUGUGUUGCCCAUUCUUGGAGUCUCGUCCAUUUUACCCGAAAACGAGGUCACCACCAAACUGAAUGAACUUUUGGAGGCCGAUGGAAUCACCGUGGAAACUUUUAAUAUCAAACAGAAAGAUCUUCAUCUCUCUGGAACUUAUCGUAAACUCUUGUGUAGACCAACGGAUAUGGAAAUGGAAAUAGUUUCUUAUGAAGACAAUACUAAACCACUUUUCGCAUCGGAUCUCGAUAUUUUAAGGGAAAAACAAUUAGAACCAACCCAAGGAUCUAAAAAGGCUUUGAAAUUAUCAAUUACAUUACCCACCUCAGCUUAUGCAACUGUUAUGUUAAGGGAAAUGAUGAAAACUGAUACCGUCUAAAAGUUUGACAAUAUAAUCACUUUUAUUAAAUUUAGAGAUUCAAUUGAUCAAAGUGUAUUUCUCAUUGCAUAUCAAUUAAAACAGACAUGGUACAAAGUGUAUUUUCAAAAACAAUAA